GUUCCAUUCGAUUCCGCCGCCGCGCUGCGUCGCGGAAGUGCCUGCACCGCCCAGGCCGCGACGCCGCCUCGCCCGCCCGUGCUUCCGUGAACGCGCGGGGAUCCCUCGAUCGCGCGCCGAGGCCGAGCAUGAACGGCGUCGGCGACGCGCACGCGGCCGCGAUGAUGCAGCACCAAGUGCAGGCGCGGGUGCAGCAGCAGCAGCAGCUGGGGGUGUCGCUGCCGAUGGCGACGUCCUUCGCGCCCGAGCCGGCCAGCGCCAAGCCGAGGCCGCCGGGGCUGCCGCCGACGCCGCCCCCGGCGUUCGGCGGGCAGCGGCCCUCGCCGGGGGACGCGUGCAUGGAGGUCGACGCCACGGCGGCGCGCAAGGCGCACCACCGCCGGUCCCGCAGCGACGUCCCGUUCGGGUACUUCCCGCCGGCGUCAGGGGGAGUGCAGCUCCCGCCGCCCAAGGUGGAGGCCGGCUGGGGCCACCACGGCGGCGACGCGGACGACCUGUUCAACGCGUACCUCAACCUGGAGGGGCUGGACGGGCUCAACUCCUCCGACGAGCGCCACGACGACGGGGACAGCCGCGGGAGCAGCAUGAAGACCAACGGCGCCGACAGCAGCGAGAACGAGUCGGAGGAGUGCGCCGCCGACAGCCGCGCAGGGAUUCGCCUCUGGGGCGGCGAGGGGCUCAAGAGGAGCGCCGCCGGGGAGCCCGCCGGCGCGCCCAUGGCACGCCACGCCAGGAGCCUGUCCAUGGACAGCCUCAUCGGGAAGCUCAACUUCUCCGCCGGCGCCACGGCCAACGGAGGCGUCAUGCCGGGGCCCAACAGGUUCAGCCUCGAGUUCGGCAGCGGCGAGUUCACCCCCGUCGAGAUGAAGAAGAUCAUGGCCGACGAGAAGCUGACCGAGAUGGCGCUCGCCGACCCCAAGCGCGUCAAGAGGGUGCUGGCCAACAGGCAGUCGGCGGCGCGGUCCAAGGAGAGGAAGAUGCGCUACAUUGCGGAGCUGGAGCAGAAGGUGCAGAUCCUGCAGACGGAGGCCACCACUCUCUCCGCCCAGCUCACGCUUCUCCAGCGCGACUCGGCGGGGAUCGCGACGCAGAACAACGAGCUCAAGUUCCGGCUGCAGGCAAUGGAGCAGCAGGCGCAGCUGCGUGACGCACUGAAUGAGGCACUGACAGCCGAGGUCCAGCGCCUGAAACUCGCGACUGCAGAGCUCGGCGAUUCUUGCUCGUCCAACAAUCUAGCCCAGCAGCUCCAACUCAGUGCUCAGGACCAGAUGUUUCAACUGCAGCAUCAGCAGCAGCAGGCUACACCGAUCCCGUUUUACCAGCUGCAGCAGGCACAGCAGAACGGCGCAGGGAAGAACCAGGACCCAACGGAAUGAGCUCGGAGGCAUUGUCGACUGCUUCAUGGGGAAAAACAAAAGGAAUAUCGGUCUAGAUGAACUGAAAGAAUUUGAUGUCCUAACUCAUUGGUUUUUAAAUGUCGUUAAUAAUCACCGUGUAUUUUUCCAGGUGAUGAACCUGCCUGUACUUCUCUAUGUUUAUUUAUUCUUUGGAUGA